AACCAAGAGAGUGCUAGAAAGCUCCACCCAUGGAAUGUUUCUUUUGGAGAUUCCUCCUCCUCUGCCUUGUCCUCACUCCCAGAGUGCCGGGAGGAGCCUCUGAGCUUUGAUGGCUCUUAACUGGCGAAAAUAUUUUUUUGAUGCUUCGGAAGGAAGCAGCAGACUGGGAAAAGGCCCGUGAGGAAGCCAGGACUCUUACCAGAAUUGGAUGCAGAUAGCAGACAUGGUCUCCCCUUCUGAAGGGAUGAAGCUUGCCAAAUUUCAGAAAGAUAGGUAUUUCAAGUAGAAACCAGAGGCCAUGAACUGGGGAGUCUUUCAAGGGCUCCUGAGUGGGGCAAACAAAUAUUCCACAGCCUUUGGACGUAUUUGGCUCUCAGUGGUCUUCAUCUUCCGGCUUCUAGUCUACAUAGUGGCAGCAGAGAAGGUUUGGGGAGAUGACCAGAAGGACUUUGACUGCAAUACUGAGCAACCAGGCUGCCCAAACGUCUGUUAUGACCAUUACUUCCCAGUCUCCCACAUCCGUCUCUGGGCCCUACAGCUCAUUCUGGUUACCUGUCCUUCCCUGCUGGUAAUCAUGCAUGUUGCCUACCGAGAAGCCAAACUGGAGAAAUAUCGGAAGAAGGUUGGAGCAGACUAUGCACUGCGCUAUCCUCCUGGCAAGAAGCGUGGAGGCUUGUGGUGGACCUAUUUCUUCAGCCUCAUCUUCAAGUCUGCUGUGGACAUUAUAUUCCUUUUCAUCUUCUACCACGUGUACCCAAACUACACACUCCCCAGUGUGGUGAAAUGCUCUCUCGAACCUUGUCCCAAUGUUGUAGACUGCUUCAUAGCCAGGCCCACAGAGAAGAACAUCUUCACCCUUUUCAUGGUCAUCACUACCUGUGUUUGCAUCCUCCUCGGCCUUGUGGAAGCCUUCUACCUUGUUGGGAAACGAUGUACAGAGUGUCUUGAGCCCAAAAAUGAAAGCCACAGGAGGCAGGGCAGUGAAUGGAUGAGAAGAGAGGACACUUGCUCUCUGCCCAACAGCAAACAUGACCCAAAUGAAGUGGGUGUGCAGGUGUUCCAUGGUGCAGAUUACAAACCAUCUACCUCCAUCAUCAAGGCUGCUCCACCUUCCCAGAGAACUCUAAGCACAUAAACUACCCAGUCAAAAUUAAAUCCUGGGAAAUUUGAUAAUGGAAACCUUAUGAAAAAAACAAUAUGACUUCAUUCUCAGAAUGAACAGUGCCUGCUGCUAGGCAGGACAUUUGCAUGAUGUGCCAGAAGGCAUGUCAGAGUAUUCCAAUAAAAACAGUAGACAUUGCUGGUGCACACUUAUUCAUCCCAUGUCUGGAAAGGAAAUCACUGCAACAAAUUUGUCGUUGUCGUUCUCAGUCCACAAAUGAUAUGCGAUGAUAUGUAACUGAUGGUGUUUUUUCCCCCCACCCCCCAAAAAGUAUUAUGUUUCCUUUUAAUUGAAAUGAAUAGGGAAGAAUGACAUGAUUAAUUACAUAAGAUUGUGCCACAGUGAGAUGACUAAUGCCGUUUUCUGUCAGAAGCCAAAGUGCAGCAGGAGGGAAACAGAGCUGCGUCUGGAAAAUAUGUGAUGGAACAGAAAAUAGUGCU